AUGAAGUCCUCGUCCUUCAUCCUCAUCGUCAUUCUUCUGCAUGCUAUCACUUUUGUGGCUAGCGCUGAAGAAGACGGUGGGGUGAACUUGGUCAAGCGAACGAGAACUACGAGGAUACACCAGGGGCAAUUUAUCGACGACUGGUUUGCCAAUCUCUCUGGUGAAAUUCCGCUGCUAAACGUCGACGAUGGCAAUGGCAACGGCAACGAUUCGCAUCUUCAGACAUCACCCAUAAAAGCGCAAGUAGGAGCAUCUCAACACCCCCAGCGCAAGACAGUAACCAAGGGCAGCAGCUCAAAAAGGAAGUCCUCGACGGAGCACUCGCUCCAUUCUUCACAAUACCGGGAAUCGAAAGGCCCUCCCUCGACAUCUUCUUCAACAUCAGAGUCUGAGGAAUGGGAUCAGGAAGACGCUCACUUGACAUAUUCUUCCUCAGCACAGUUUGAGGACUUGAAGUCUCAAGGGACCUCCUCAGCAUCUUAUCCUUCGCAGAAUCGUUGGGAUCCCCGCCAAGCUCAGCAGAAUGCUUCGCUGACGGCGCGAACUCGGGCGUCUCUCUCAAAGGCAGUGACGAAGCCUGAUGCUCUCGAUCCAAAGCACUCGUUCACACCUCGGGUGCUAAAGAGCAAAUUAACGCAAUUGGUCGAUUGA